UGUUAUUUAAAGGUACAGAGUGCCAACGCGUCCAGAGAUUCUCCUGUGCGUCAAACUUCACUGAGGGGUCGCGAGCAACGUGCAAGAACGUGCUGCCGAUAGGUCAUCAAAAUGCUGCUACAGUCGCUAGCAUCCUUCUACCUCCUGGCUGCCGCCACCUUUGCCGUCCCCGCUCAGGAGAAACGCGUCCAUCACCGCGCCGACCUGAGCGACCACGCCCACGAUGACGCUCACAACUUUCAGUACGACCACGAGGCCUCUGGGAAAGAGGAGGCAAAGACCUUUGACCAGCUGACCCCUGAAGAGAGUAAAGACAGACUGGCGUAGGAAAUUGUGGACCGCAUUGACACAGACAAGGAUGGCUUAAUCAACCACGCAGAGCUUCAUUAUUGGAUCAAACACAGACAGAGGAGGUACAUCGAAGAGAACGUCAACAAACACUGGAGGGAUUAUGACAGCAACCAAGAUGACAAAAUUGCCUGGGGGGAAUACAAGAACACCACCUACGGAUACUACAUCGAUGAAGAGUUUGACGACGUGGAUGACAAAGCCACCUACAAAUCAAUGCUCGCCCGAGACGAAAGACGCUUCAAGAUGGCCGACCGUGACGGCGACGGGAUCGCCACGCGCGAGGAGUUCACCGCCUUCCUCCAUCCGGAGGAGUUUGAUUACAUGAAAGAUUUGGUCGUACAGGAAACAAUCGAGGACAUUGAUAAAAAUGGCGACGGCAAGAUCAGCUUGCAUGAAUACAUCGGUGACAUGUACGCACCAGAGGAUGGGGAGAGUGAGCCUGAAUGGGUCCAAACUGAGAAGAAACAUUUCACAGAUUUCAGGGAUGCCAACAAGGAUGGUCACAUGGACUUCAGUGAGGUGGCCCACUGGAUUUUGCCUGGAGAAGUCGACCACGCCGACAAUGAAGCCAAACAUUUGAUCCACGAGACAGACACCAACAAGGACGAGAAAAUAAACAAGCAGGAAAUCCUGGCCAACUGGAACAUGUUUGUGGGCAGCCAGGCCACCAAUUAUGGAGAAGAUUUAACAAAGAGUCACGACGAACUUUGAUUGAUGAGCUGUCACGUUCUUAAUAUUAUUGCUCGCGUGUGUGUGUGAGAUGGCUGUCACACCAGUACACAAGUAUCACUUGCAGAAACUAUUCCACAUGCAUUCACAUACUGUGUAUGUGGUUACAGGUGAUUUUUUUAAUGCCCACACAGCAUUAUUAAACACAGUCCAAAUAUAUUUCAAUUAAGAAGUGUUGGCUAAAACUGUGGAUAUCGUCCCACGUGCACUGAUAUUAAACCGAAACUGUAUUUUGAGUUCGAGCCUAGAAACGUGGUCACGACAAUUCUGAAUCAUCAGAAACCAUACACUCCACUGAGCACUUCAUUGUACUUGAAAUAUUUUCACUGCGUACUUAAUGUCGGCCAUCCCAUGUAUGGAAAUCCAUUUUUAUUAAUGUUUCAAGCCAAAUAUUUUAGCAGUAGUAUUGAGUUUUAAUUCAUUUGCUAAGGUCAGAAGAAUUUCAACAUUGCCUACUACAGGCAACUAAAAGAAAUUUGUAAUAAAAAAGUUAUUGACUGCAGAUUGGACAAAUAAAUGAACUUUUGUA